CUCUGUAGUUUGUUUUCUUCCUCUUCCUGGUUUCAGUGCUGGAUGGCUGUGCUGCGCCCUGUCUCAGUCCCUGUCCUAGCUGUGCCAGGCGCUGGGCAGACUGUGCUGAUGUGGAUGUCAGUGUGCUCCAUGUGGUGGUGAGAGCCACCCUAGUCAGUAUAAUGGGUGACAUUGUGUUACUGCUGUAGGAGUCAGGCUGCACCCUCAUUGCCAUUCCCCUUCCCCUGAGCAGCACUGCAUGUGUCCACUGACUGCCACCUACCUCCCUCCCUGAUCUGCUCCCACAUGGCGUGCAAGUCCAAGGUAGCUCCCAGUGUAGACUUUGACCACAGCUGCUCUGACAGUGUUGAGUACCUGACUCUGAAUUUUGGGCCCUUUGAGAGUGUGCACCGCUGGAGGAGACUUCUGCCCUGCGAUGAGUUUGUGGGAGCCAGGUAAAUGGUGCUAGAGUCCCACGCCAGUACCCAAUGGUUUGGGUUUUCUUUUAGGAGAGGGGGGAGGGAGCGCUUCUUUCUUGGGCACUUCUGUUGUUAACUGUGAAAUAUCCGUGUUUUAUUGAUAUUCAUAUUUUAUUCACCAAAUAGGUUUACAUUAUUUUAUUGCUAUUGUUUCUCUCCUUUGCAAUCAUGACUGCAGUCACUCUCUAGAAAAAUUGGCCACAGGGCCACAGGAGUGCUUGUCAGCUUCAACUAAUAUAAUUGGUUAGGGAGGGAAUGAUAUUGAUCAAGUUAACAUAUAUUUAAUCCAUAGAGAAACAUAUGAUUGUGUUCUUAAUUAACACUUACAAAAUAUUUUAAUUUGUAUGUAUGUCAUGCUAAUAGAGUUGUGAUAAGUUCUACCAGGAGGGAUCGCUAAAUUGUAACUGUUUUUAGAUGGCUUCAACUAACUUAAAGUGGCACUCUGGGCAUCAUAACUGUUCAAGUGGUUAUGGUGCCAUGAGAUCUCUGGUGCUGUUUUAAUUGAAGGGGUUAAACCGUUCAUGAACAGUUAAUCCCAAAGUGGUCAAAACAGCACCCCUUCCUUCAGCCCCUCUUUCUCCACCUCACUCCUUGGGUUUGGAUGCAGAAGUGUGGAACUGGGCACCAGUGAUCGGAAGAGCAGUGUUUAUAAAUAGUUUAACCCCGUAAGGAAAGACUGUGACCAGGACCUCCAGGCACCAUAACUUCAUCCCAAUAAUGUUAUGGUGCACAUAGUAUUUCUUUUAAGUGACUUGUCAAAUUUUAAUUGGCUACAGAUUUGUUUGCAUCAUUUAUUAAUCUCAAAAACAGUUUCUCUAUCCAAAGCCGGUACAACGAUUUUUUUACCUCCUUAGGCAAAAAUCAAGCUUGGUUCCCUCUCAUGUACCCUUAUCUAAUUUCUGUCUCUUCCCACCUUUCCUGCAUUUCUAGUUUCUCCCUCUGUCAAUUUCUUACUUUAUUUACUUUAGUACCUUUCUAUUAAAACUUACACUACACAUGUAUUUGUUCUCCAACAUUUUGUAUCUUUCCUACUCUUUAUCUGCCGUUUUCUCUUUUUUCUUUCCUUAUAAUUUUCAUCCUAACUAGCAUUUCCCACUGUCUCUUCACCUGUCUGUGUUGAAGGUUGCGCAUGGACUUUCUGUAUGUCUGUGAGGAUGUUUUGUGGGCGGGGGUGGAUAAUCCUUUUUUAUUUUUUUUAAGCCUUCACUGAAAAAAAUAUCACAUGCUCUCCUCAUGGAUUCAUGGUGAGAUUAAUUUGUUUCAGUAACAAAAUGUUUUGUAUAAUGUGAUCAAUUUUGUUUUUUUACAGGCGCAGCAAGCAUACCGUUGUAGCUUAUAAAGAUGCUAUUUAUGUCUUUGGAGGGGAUAAUGGGUAUGUAGUUCAAGCUUGUCGUUUGCCAGAAUUUUAAUCAUAAAAGCCUUGUUUAUCACACUAUGGUUGUUGCAGAAUGUUUGACACAUAAUGCUUUGAAUAGCACUAUUUUGCUUGAGGCGUUGGCAAACAGUAAUAACUUAAAGUGUGCCCUUUAGUCUAAAUAUCAUCUGCACAUUCUCAUAGGUAUAACUUUUACUUUUGUAUUUGUAAACCCUGUUUGCUAAUGUAUACUGCGUGUUUGUUGCCUGAGCAUCCCACCGACUGCUACAAGGGCAACUGUUGCCCCUCUUCAAGCACAAUUAUUAACGCUAACCUUAUUGUAAUUAUCUUUGCAUUUUCUUUUUUUUUUUUCUCUCAGUAAUUUAAAAAUAAAAUGGCUUAUGGACCUUUUCUCUACUAAGGACCAAUGAAGGCAUAUGAUGUAAUAAAAGUCUGGUCCUUAAUGACCAUUGCUGGGUUCUCAGCUAAUGAAUUGCGCCCAGAGUGUCACAGAUUGACACCUCUUCUUAAAAUAUUGAAAUAUUGCCAGUGUACCCAGCUCAGCAUAUUAUUGUGCUGCUGUUGUUAUGGUUGUGCCCUUUUAAGGACUAUAUCUGAAAGGAAAAACCGAGGCCAAAGGUUGUGAGUGUAGCUGAUUUCAUGAAUUUUUCCAAAUCAGCAUUUUUUUUUGUCUUAAUAUUUUGGUAAGUAACCAUGUCAAUGUCCAGGGCUAGAAUUUUUUUUUUUUUUUUUUUUCACAAUCCUGUUUAGAGUAGAUUGCAAUGUAGAAACGUCAAAUUGAGAUACCCUGCAAUUAUGGUUUGUUAAUUAGCAUGAGCGUGUCAGCUGACUGAUUUAAAGGACCACUCUAGGCACCCAGACCACUUCAGCUUAAUGAAGUGGUCUGGGUGCCAGGUCCAGCUAGGGUUAACCCAUUUUUUCAUAAACAUAGCAGUUUCAGAGAAACUGCUAUGUUUAUGAAUGGGUUAAGCCUUCCCCCUAAUACUCUAGUGGCUGUCUCAUUGACAGCCACUAGAGGCGCUUGCAUGCUUCUCACUGUGAUUUUCACAGUGAGAGCACGCCAGCGUCCAUAGGAAAGCAUUAUGAAUGCUUUCCUAUGUGACCGGCUGAAUGCGCGCGCAGCCAGCCGACGGGGAGGAGAAGAGGAGGAUCGGAGGAGGAGAGCUCUCCGCCCAGCGCUGGAAAAAGGUAAGUUUUUACCCCUUUUCCCCUUUCCAGAGCCGGGCGGGAGGGGGUCCCUGAGGGUGGGGGCACCCUCAGGGCACUAUAGUGCCAGGAAAACGAGUAUAUUUUCCUGGCACUAUAGUGGUCCUUUAAGACGAUCACAUCAACCUUUGCUGAGUUGAUAUGGUUAGAAGAAAGUGUGUAAUCUCUGCCUUAACUUCACCUCUAGUGAUGUUAAAGGGACACUGUAUGCACCCAAACCACUUCAGCUCAUUGAAGUGGUCUGGGUACAGUGUCCCAGUCCCACUUAGUCCUGCAAUGGUAAUUAUUGCAGGUUUUAAGAAACUGCAAUAAUUACCUUGCAGGACUAAGACUGCAUCUAUUGACUGUCAAUCAGAUAGCCACUAGAAGCAUUUCCUGCUAACUGACAUUGGACAUACUCCCGCUGUACCUGAGAACUUCAAGCGUCAGCUAUUUCCCUAUAUGAAAGCAUUGCAGCAAUGCGUUCCUAUAGUAAGGGCCAAAUGCACUCUCUGUGCAUGCACAUUAGCAGGGAAUCCCACGCACUAUAUAACAAAUACAAUGGAAACACACAUCCCAUGUUUCUGCAAGUACUUUAUCAUUCAUUGUAUGACAUGUUUAAAUGGGCAUUGUAUUGUUUUUGUUUUAUUAAAAUCAGUUUUUGAUCUCUAGUAUAAGGUGUUUUUGUAGGAAACAUGUAAAUUCGAUAUAUUACAAAACCAUUGUGUUUGUGAUCAAUGAUAGUCUUACAUGAAGUGCCCAUUAUGGUAAAUGGAGUGUAGAGUUUGAAUAUCCACCUGUAACUCAUGUCUAAGUUUUUAGUAUGACAGAGUUGCUAGGAAUUAAAAAAACAAAACAAAACUGUGUAUACUUACACAUUGAGAGAUGGCCUAAAUUAGAAAGCUAACUGCAUAUGUUUCUUUCAGGAAGAAUAUGUUAAAUGAUCUGCUGAGGUUUGAUGUCAAAGACUGUUCCUGGUGCAGGUAAAAUGGAUUGUAAAGCAAUUUAGACAAUACUAGACCUCAGAUUUUCAUUGUAAGAAUGCUGUUAAGAUAAAAUAUAUAUUUUUAGCAAAAAAAAAUCAAAUUAAAAAAUAAAACACAAACAUUUGCAUGUGUUUGGGGUAUUUGUAUAUCUAUGUAAGGCUGAGGUAUAAUAGACUAUGUUUGUGUGUACCUAGGUCCGUUAUGAUUGUCCUUAGAACCAGAGGUGUUUAAGUAUAUUUCCCAUAAUGCCCAGCCAGACUAUAGGCUUAUUAAGCAUCAUGGGAACUGUACAAUUCCAAGUUUGGCUAUCACUGACUGAGUCAUUUUAAACUGUUUUGAUAGGUUGCAUGAUUAACAUUUAUAAUUUAUAUAUUUAAUUAUAUUUCUAGGGCAUUUACUACAGGGAGCCCACCAGCACCAAGGUAUCACCAUUCUGCUGUGGUUUAUGGAAGCAGUAUGUUUGUGUUUGGUAAGAAACCAAAGCGUCUAAUUUCAGCGGUUUAUAAAUAUAAACAUUACUAGCUUUUUACAUGAGUUUAAAGUGUCUUUCAAAAUUAGAUUUUGAAUGAAAUAAGGAGCAGCAAAUUAUUUACAAAUGUUUGUUUCAAUCAUAUUAGCAAAGUCAUACUUGGGACUACACUAAUAAACUUCUCUAUGGUUACUAAGGUGUGACUGAAAUACUACAAUUCCCAUCCACCAUAUGUAAUCUAAGCAUUUUUGGGGGGUCAACAAGGUUUGGCAAUCUGUUUUCGGUUGUGAUAACAAUAUAUAUAUUUUUUUUCUACUUUUAAAUUUGGUGUUUUGUUUUGUAAGAGUUAUUACAUUUUUAGCAAACUAAGUAUGUUUGCUUAUUAUGGUCUCUUGGGUGAUGUGUGCCUGCCCUUUAUAUGGUUAAUAUUUCUUGUUCAGUCACUGUUGCCCCCACCCCUCCCCUUUUUAGAUUCUUAAUUACUCGUCAGGACAGUUGUAGUUUAUCUGGGGAUUUAUCUGGGCUCUUCUUAUUAAGGAGUCAGAAUGAGUUAUAUCUUAAGAGAAUUUCAUCUUAGAACUUGCCACAAAUAUCUGAUUACUCUGUCUUGAUUUAUCUAGGGGGCUACACUGGUGACAUCUAUUCCAACUCCAACCUGAAGAAUAAGAAUGACCUUUUUGAGUACAAGUUUGGGACUGGUCUCUGGACAGAGUGGAAGGUUGAAGGAAGGUUUGUGAUUGCAUCAUUAGACUCUACUAGGAGGCUAUGUCUGUAGUGCAAGAUUAUGUGUGCUGGGCCUUCAUUACAGGCAUGUAUGUGGAGCUGUCUUCCAUCAUUCAGACCCUCUUGGAGUAAAGCAGUAAUUUCCCUUGGGAAAUCAGCAGGGAUUUCUCAGGCAUAUUUAUUGCCUGUUAAUAUCUCAAACUGAGGAGUGAUGGGACAGAUUGGGUAGCUGCAAACUACUCAAAGAGGAGGUGCAAAAUGCAACAGUGUAGGAUGUGUAGAAGGGGCCCGAUGGAGCCUGAGGAGGAGUGCAUAUAGUCAUGUUGUGUGUUAGUCCACAUUGCCCAGGGUUUAUUUUCUUCAAGCAUAAUGUUUAAUUCUGCAGCAUAACGUAUUAUUCUGCAACAUUACAGUCACUACAGAAAAUUCAAAAUAAUUAAACAAAACUAAAUCUGUCCAAAACACAUACCUUAAAACAAACUAUGUACAAACAUGUUUGUGCAUACCAGGAGGUGAGAAUACCUCAUGAUUCUGCUACAGAUGGCACACAGUGCAUACUGUUGCAAUUUGGGUAUAUUCACUACUCAAAUUUGAAGAAAUCCACUCUAGAAAAAUCCUUUUUUUUAAAUCUAAAUUUCCGUUCAUUCCAGAUUAAUAUAUGUUUGUAUGUAUAUAUGUGUGUAAGUAUGGUUAACAUGAUAUAGAUGAUAUAUGUAUAACCAUCCUUGCAUGUUGUGUCUUUUUAUGUCACAGUUAUGUUAUUUGUAUUGAAUAAUAAAUUAUUAUAAAUAAAAAUUAUAGGGUUUAUUUCAAUUUUUUUUUAUUUUUUUUAAUGUUUUCUAAGUAAUUUAAGUAAAAAGAAAAUGUGCUUGGCUUUCUGAGAAAUCGUUUGAAAAAUCCAGGUUAGACAUCCCUAUUGGCUUUAUGUUUAUGUACCAGGCACCGAUGUCAUAUUAAAGGAACCCUGUAGGGUCAGGAACACAAACAUGAAAUUUAAAUUAUUGUAGUUUUCAACAAAUUCAGAUUUAUUUAUGAUUGUAUUUCACCUUAUUGUAUUUAACUACUAAUGUUCUUGAUUUGUCAUUCUCAUAUUGCAUAGCAUUCAGUUUCUGUGUUUUACGUUCCAUCAGUGUUUUUUUUUUACUUAAUGUUUCUUCUUUUGAUCUCCAUUUACAGGCUCCCAGUGGCCCGGUCAGCACAUGGGGCCACCGUUUACAGUGAUAAACUCUGGAUCUUUGCUGGAUAUGAUGGAAAUGCAAGGUGUGUUAGACAUAAAAAUAAAGACUUUUUUUUUUUUUUUUUUUCUUCACAACUUCACAUUUAAUUUGUUUUAAUAUGAUUUCCUGAGUAUAAUACAAGCUACCUUUUUAUAACCGGGAUGAUUUUGCAGAAAAAUAGUUUUUGGCUAAAAGUCCAUUUAGUCACUGUUGUGAAAAAGCUAUACCUUCCCCUUGCUGGUGUACUGAUUGGGAACUUGCCAUACAUGCCACCCUACCUCUUUUGUUCUUUCUUAUUUUGCAACAAACUAGGAAAAAAAUUUGCCCUCUGUAAUCUGAGGCUACAAUUUGGAAGCCUUGGACGAGGUGCUGCUGAUUGGCUGAGAAUGUAAGGUGAUAAACUCAUCCUAUCACUGGCUCUCCGUUCAGAACAGUUAGUGAAAAAGGAACGUGUUUUUGUCAAAACAUAAAAAAGAUAGCACUUAUGACCAUUUCCUCCUGCUGCAUUUUGUAACCAUUGAAAGUCCAAAAUGCUGAAUAUUUUUUUUUAUGGACAGUCACUUGAGAGCAUAAGCAGUAAAGAUUACUUUUGUGUUCUAAAAUUGAAAUGUUAUAUACACUCCUGGCAUAGAGUCUAAAACAACAAAGUAUAUGUCAAUGUCCAAAUACUAAUGGAUGGUGCUGCUAGUGACUAGCAUAAUAUAUACAUAUGAAAUUGUCAUAACAGUAAAAUGGGAUUCAUUAUGAUCUUAAAUCACUUAAAAUAAUUCUAUGGAAACUAAUAACGUCAGUACUUGGAAUUGUAAAGUAUCCUAUUGUUAAAAUGUAAAAAUUACAUCACACAAACUUAAAAACAACAGUACUUGUUGGAAUCAGUGAGUUAUUUUUUUGUGUAGGUUCAACAACUUGUUUUAAGUUGCCAUUCAUCAAACAAUCUCUAAGUUGUGUGAAAUUCUCUACAUCUCUAUAUAAUCUAUUUAUGUGUAACCAAUGUUUUAAUAAGGGCUAGUACAAGCAUUUUUGAAUGGCUUCACGCUUACCUGGGUCUUCUGGGCUGACUUCUUCUGCAUUUUAUCUCUAUUUGGAUGGAAUUUUUUUGAGAAGAACAUUAGCAUUCCCUCUCAGCCCGUGAAUUCCUUCCAAAGACCAGUGUAAUUGUCACAAAUGCAGAAGAAGGGAAUUCACUUGAGUAAUAUCUGUAGAUGGGCCCAGACUUGAGGCAUCAAGGGGACUCAAAUACGUGUUAAGCUUUUCUAAAACAAUUUGACUUCCCGCUCUGAAAUGGUUAUGGGACUGCACUUUUAAUGAUUUAAAAUUUUUAAAACAAAAACACUUUUUUUUUUUAUAUAUAUUGAUUUUCUUCUCUUUAGAUUAAAUGACAUGUGGACCAUCGGUUUGCAAGACCGUGAGGGGACCUGCUGGGAACAGGUAAUUUAGACAGUCUUUCUGGAAAAACUAGAUAUUUGUGUGUCUUGGGCUUCAUGAUGUGUGUCAAAGAUUUAUUUCCGAGGCCUGAAAAAUAAGUUAAAUACAGAAAUCCACACUACUGUAUUAACUACUAUCCCGUAACGGAGGGCCUCCAUCUUGGCUCCCUGUCAAACAGUGUUAUAAACUCUGCACUUUUUGUUGGUCAGCAUAGAAAGGAAGAGAAAUAGAAACAAAGUUUAAUAAAAAAAUAGGUAGUGAACAGCGCAAAACAAAAAGUACAUUAAAAUGUGUAUACACUUCAAACAAAAUGUGUCACACUGUGUAUUAAUAUAUACCACUUAUGUGUGUGCACCAAAAAACUGUACCAGUAAUAGACUUCGAGUGCCACUGCAGAUGGAAGAGACAAAAACUCUCAUAGGGCAAUAGUAUACAAUCCUUUAGAGAUAGGGAAACUAAUGUUUGCAUUCUUUGCUUCUUACUAUGUGUAAUAGCAGCGUUUUCGGUAGAGAAACAAGUCCAAAAUUACAAUCUUUCCUGAUAAACUACAAAAUAAAAAAUGUUUCUACAUGAAUAAUUUUGAAAUUAUCUUUUGUUUUGCAGGACCAUUUGAAUUUUUUUUGACUUCACUUUUCUAAUCCUCAGUUUUUGACUGUUCAUUUCAGAUUGAACAAAGUGGGGAGAUUCCCCCUUCUUGCUGUAACUUCCCAGUGGCCGUUUGCAGGGAUAAAAUGUUCGUCUUCUCUGGUCAGAGUGGUGCAAAAAUAACAAAUAACCUUUUCCAAUUUGAGUUUAAAGAAAAAGUGUAAGAGCAAAAUAUUUCCUCAGUUUCUUUUUGUCUUGGAAACGUAAAAAAAAUGUAAUCCCCUAAAAACAAACCUUUGAAAGUUCAUUGUUGUAUACCAUUACCUUUUGUUUGUUUUUAUGUGAUGAUUAAUUUUCCGCAUGAUUAAUAUACAUCUAAUUUGUGACAGUUCUUUGUAUGUCAUGUGCAUCUGUACACUCCACAUUUACUUGUUUCUCUCUUGUCAAUAAACCCCUUUUAAUCAUAAAUAUUUGAAAAUAACCCUUUGAUUACAACUCAGAUGAGUUGCUUAUAUUGCUUCUUCGGAGUACUCAAAUUGUUUAUUUUCAUGCCUGCUUUACUGAUAGUGGAGUGGUUUUGUUUUGUUCCUGUUUUAUAUUACUGUGAUUGUUUAUUUGCUUUUUGUUAUUGACAGAACUAAAGGUCUCAAGAUGGCCAUUGAUUUGUUUGGAUUAAGAUGUUUACAUAUUUUGUUAUAAAUUACCACUAAAGGCACACAGACAGUUUCAUAUCAGUGAAGGUCUGGGUGCAGUGUCCUUGUAGUUUUAACCCUGCAAUGUAAAUCAUUAAAGUCUUAUAGAAACUGCAAUUUUUCUAUUGCAGGGUUAACUCCCCUCUAGUCGCUGUCUUUGUGACAGCCACUAGAGGUCCUUCUCAAUCAAAUGCUCCUCCUAGAGCAGCAUUUGAUUGGCGUAGAGCGGGGAUUUGCUGCACAUGCGCACUUGCCUCUAUGGGGAAUCAUUGGAUUGGGUGAGAUAUCCGGCAAGGAGGUGUGGAGGCCCAUGAGAAAAGGUAAGUAUAUCUAACGUUUUCAUCCGCUUGGAGUGGGGGGGUAACACCUAAAGAGCUACAUGUUUGUAUUCCUAAUGCUAUUAUUUAAUUAUCUUCUAACCACUGUUAAAGGGUUAUUUAACUUUUUAAUAGAGGUUGGUAUAUUAUUUGUGCGUUCUGAGACUUUGAGCCUAUGUAUAUUUUUGUGGCUCCACUCCUUUGAUCAAUUAGCAUUAUCUGAAUGAACAGGCCUAAACUUUUACAACAUUGGAGCAUUUUUUAUAAUUCCUGCUUGAAGAAUCUUCUAGCCACACAUUAUUCCACUUGUAUAUAACAUUUAGAAUUUAUACUUAUGAUUUUGUGGCUGGGGGUGGAAAGUAGUUUUAGUGAGACCAGAAAGUCCAAAACAAAAAUGCCAUUGCAAACGUUCACACUUGCAACACACAAAUUUCCACAUUAAUGCAUACUGCACACAUGCCACGUAAACUACAUUUUAAAAUAUUUGUACAACAUCUGUUUUAUCCAUUUGUAUUGCUGCAGUGAUGCUGCACACAAACCCUUGCAUUUGCUUACAUACACAAUAAUAUCACACGGACGCAAUAUAUGCAAAUACACGCAUUGAUAACAUGUAGAAAAUUCAGCACAUGUAUUCACCCUGUCAAUAUGCACAGACCUCCUACUGAAAUACAACCCUCAGGCAUAUGUAAAUGUUUGUGUAUUCACCUUACACAAACAAAUACACAUUAUGCAAUAUUUAAUUAUUAUAUGUAUAUUAGAUUUGAGGGUCCCAAGGGGCUAUCAUUUUGCUGCUAGUCUACCCAAUAACUGUGUAAACUGGUCCAGCUGCUGAAGAAUGUAUUGUGUUAAAUGCCAGACAGUCCUUAUUCUCAUGCAAAACUGAAAUAAAAUGUACUUCGCUAACAGGCUCUAAUAAAUGAUCAUAAACUGCAUCGGUUAUUAUGUUCUCUCUCUUCACAGCUGGAUGCGUAUCCCCACAGAGCAUUUAUUACGCGGGUCACCUCCACCUCCACAGCGUCGCUAUGGACAUACUAUGGUAGCCUUUGACCGUCAUCUUUAUGUGUUUGGGGGUGCAGCAGACAAUACGUUACCCAAUGAAUUGCACUGUUAUGAUGUAGACUCCCAGUCCUGGGAGGUUAUCCAGCCUAGCCCAGAUAGCGAGGUGAGGAAUAACACUGCUGCAAUAUUAACAGAUUCAUGCACUAAUCUAAUAUUAUUGAAGGGGGUUUAAAAAUGGAACUAAACAUCAUUGUUAUUCUUCAUUAAUGUAAAUAAAGAGUUUACCCCUAAACCUUUUAAGUAAAAUCAAACUUCCAUCCAGAAGAUUGGGAUUAUUAGGUCACCUUCAAGUAGGCAUUAAUUAACCCUGAAAAGUGUGGCCUUGUUCCUUUGAAUAGUAUUUACACAGAGGCAAAUUAGUUAGUGAAGGUAUUACAUAGUUACACAGUCUGAAGAGACUUGCGUCCAUCAAGUUCAGCAUGUCUCAAAUCUGUUUUUGUUGUUGUACCAAAAGAAGGCAAAAAAAAAAAAGUUUGAAGCUCAUUCCAAUUUUACAAUAAACUAGGGGGAAAAACAGAAUGGUAGUGAGAUCUCUCAUUGGAUCAAGAAGCUGUUACCCCUUCUAUAAAAAUAUAUAUAUUCCAAAAUAUUCUGUAAAGCUUGUUUUGAUUUCAUUUAUUUUGAAUGGAUGUAAAAAAUGAAUACAAAUUAACUGUGUUAAAUAAGAGGGAUGGAGACAUGGGAGCAAUGAUUCAUUACAGUUUUUAGGCUAUGCUGAAAGUUAAAUUAAACCCAUUAUGAGUUUUACAACUUUAGCAAAAGCCCCUCUCCCUUCCCCCUGCACAUGAGAAUAGGAAGAUGGAUGGGACAGGUCUUUUUCUGUUCUCACAUGUCAGUAAAUUCUUUAGCAUAGACACUAGUCCGAAGAAUUGACUGACCAAUCAGUGAAAGACCUAUUUUUAAAUAGUUUUUUUUUCUCCCAACCUACACAUUUGCUAGCACUUUGUAUAUAUGUAAUUUUAUGCUGUUUAAAAGGAGCAUAAGUUGUAGAAACGAUAACUGGUACCCUUUGUAUUGUAAAUAGAAAAAGUCUGUUUCGUUUUUUUUCUUUUAUUUCGCUGUUUAAUAUAAAUUCUGUUGUGUGCUCAGAGGUCUGUUAAGUAUUAACGGCGUUCUCCAAGUAGAAGAUUCCAGGGUUACCUUUAAUUAAUAGAUAUAUCUAUUAAUUGCAGCUCCCCAGUGGCCGCCUGUUCCAUGCUGCAGCCGUUAUAUAUGAUGCGAUGUACAUAUUUGGUGGAACUGUGGACAACAAUGUUCGGAGUGGAGAGAUGUAUCGCUUUCAGGUAUAAUGUUGCUUUCCUAGUAUCUAGGUAAUUAGUUGACAAAGACCUUAAUAUCCUUUUUAAACGCCAAAUUAAAAUCUGAAUGGCAGCAUUUGGGCCAAAAUACCUCUUUACAUGUGGCUGCCUGUGUGAAGGAAGCUGGCAGAGGCUCCAGGACCAGAGUCUGUACUAGGGGAAUGGGAGCAAUCAUUUGUGUGUACUAUACAAAAUAUUGGUGUGUCCACAAACCAACGUACAUAUAGAGAAAAGUAAUGGAGAGGUUUGAAUGCCCCAAAGAUCUUCCUUCUGUCUUAUAAAAUAGAUAUAUACAAAAGUAGGGGAACAUUCUGCUAAAAAAAAAAAAAAAAACACAGAAUGCCAAACAACAUAUAGAAUAACUGGUUAUAAAGUGCCAAAAAUGUGCAUUCCAAUUGGCACAAUUUAGGAGUUUAUAAACAGUUAUGCGUUAUGAUGUUUUACAUUCAGUUCUUUAUUUUUUAGCAGCAUAUUCCCUGGGGUAAGUAAUUGACCCUGGGGGAAUGGGAUAUUGGCAAUAGAAGAUGGCAAUGGAUUACAGAUAAUGAAUGGUUGGACUACACCCUUGUAAUCACACACUCGCCCUCUAUAGUACCUAAAUGGAUUAGUUUCUAAUAAUUUGUGUAAUUUUAUAUAUAUAUACAUACAUACAUACAGGAAAAUGUGGAAGUGGUAAGUCGGGAUAAGAAAGAUGGAGCAGUAAAUGCAGGACCUUUUUUAAUUUUGUAGUUAUUUUAUUACUUUAAAGAGGCAGCCCAAGCACCAUAACACUAAUGACCUUUAUAGUGGUUAUGGUGCUAGCAACCUAUGGGCACUGUUAUCUGCUUCUGUGUCAAACCAUUCUUGUGCACAAAAACGGGAACUCCUUGUUGCUUGCUGACAUAUUCUGUGCUAUAUUCAUUUUGCAGCAGAAAUAGAAAUUCAGCAAACAAGGCUAUGAAGUUUUGAUGAUCUCCUGCCUUCCAUGGCCUUAGUAUGACUUAACUGACUGUAGUAAAUGUUUUCUGUUGUGAGCUUCCAUCUGCUUCAUUGUUCGAUACCAAGGGUUAUUCCUUAAGUGUGAAUUGUCAGGAAUUUAAGGUGAAUUUAGGAAAACCUAGACAAACUGGAAUCAUAGCUGAUGGAGAAUUCACAUUUACGUAAUUAAAGACAAUUCACACUAGAAAGAAUAACCUCAGUAGUGUGCACAUUGUGUGACUGUAUGCAUAAAACACUCUUUACUUGCAGUCUUUAGCCAACCUAAAAGUAAUGUAUGUUUAGGUGCUGUGCAUCAAUUUAAUGUUUCACUUAAAACAUUUUUUUUCUUUAGUUUUCUUGUUACCCUAAGUGCACUUUACAUGAAGAUUAUGGAAGACUGUUUGAGAACCAACAGUUCUGUGAUAUAGAGUUCAUUCUAGGAGAAGUAAGUAACUAUAAUUAUAUAUGCAUGUAUUACAUUGUGCCAAGCUUUUCUUCCCUAAUAUACAAUACUGGUUUAUACCAAGGGUAAUUCUACAAUCCCGAUAACAUCUAAACAUUUCCAGAACAUGUUACUUACUGUGGCAAGAGUUUGCAAAUACUAGAAAAUAUAUACUCUGUUCACUGAACUGGGUUAUGGUAGGUAGAAAACCAGAUAUGCCACAAUAGGCAAGUUGGAGAUUUUGGCCUACAUUUUUGGCCUACAUUUUGCAAAUUCAAUUUUCACUUCAUCAAACGGAAUCGCUAUAAUAAGCAAGUAAAUUUUUACUUUAAAGGUAUAUGCAUUCUAAAAUCUUAUAAAAGAACAUUUAGUCAGUUUGUUACUUGUGUUUGUUUCAUUUACACACUGUGCAACAUGAAGAUAAAAUAAACAUUGAUAGGCCCAAAAGCAGCAGGCGACAGCGCAACACCCGAGCAUACCGAAGCACCCAACAAACAGAAGACCGAGCCUCCCGAAGGAAUCAAAUCUGUGGACUCAUGGAGCUAACCUUUGUCACGACUUGGGUUAAAAGAGUGACUAUCCCACACCCACAAAGUACUGACCCUCAGUGGACAUUCAAGGCUCAUGGAACAUCCCACCCAAGUCGGAGAAUCGGUUGACUGUAACAGCAUGGGUCAGCAGACCCCCCAGCCAAUACUCCCGAAGGCACGCUUCCAGGCAACGUGGGGACAACUCCUGAUUUGUAUGACAACUCUUUCCCACUUCAUCUAACCUAUAAGCUGACUCUGACCUGUGUGCUUUGACCUGUUAAGUCAUCCCGAGCUGGCUCUCUCCUACACCACAGACUAGGUGUGCGGAGAGCAACCAACUUUUGAUCUGGGACUCAGACUCGAAACCUAAUAACUGCACAGUAUACAGACGCAACCCUGCAUCUACAAUGAAAAAUCUAGACUUAACAUGUCUCACACACACACACCAGAGAACGAGACAACUAUGCUGACAAGGACCCCUCACAACAUGAAGCUCAGUGCCACAUCUUAAGCCCCGGUACACACACAAGUAGCUUUAACUCUGACACUGCACAUAACAACUGCAUACUCUGUCUCGGGUCACAUAACCUGGUGAAACACAAGCCCUCUCAAAGGCAAAGCGGACACCUCACACCUCGGAACCGAGCAAACACAGCUUACGGAGCACACCAGCCUACACCUCAUCAGGUCACACCAACGGCAGCAGCACGUAGUGACAUACUCUCUUAUCCACAUUAGAAUGGAAGGAUGCAGACCCCCAACACUCACACAACUCCCAGAGCCAAAUAAGUACACAAUCCACAUAGUUACCUAUGUUCAUGUAUAUGCCUAAAGCUACUGUCUUGCCAUGCAAGGUUAUUGUAUAUUUUUCUUUCGAUCUUGAAAAUCAGCAUGUUUAAAUCAUACUUGCAAACAUAAGUGAGGCAGGAAGGACUAGGAACUGUCUAAACAUAGUGUGAAAACUAGCUCGCUCUCUAAACAUUAUAAUGUCAAAAUGUAAAACUUGAUAUAAUCGCUUACCUGCCUUUAGCAUGAAGCCUAAGCUAGCGUAUAGCACUAAAUAUUUUAAUCCUGCAACACUUAGCUUAUAUGCCUGUAUCUGUUCAAGUUGUAAGCUCAUCUUUUAAAAUUAGCCUGUCUUCACAAACUAAAAAUGCGCUACUGUUGAUGCCACUGUUUAGCCUGUUUAAUAUGCACAUGUACGCUGUUGUGGCGUUUGUCGUUGUUAUUGUAAUCACUUGCGCAACAAAAAUAAAGAAUUAAGAAAAAAACAAAAACAUUGAUAUAUUUUAAAGGGUUUUUUUUCCCCCAGAGAGCACUGUGGGAUUUGCAUUAUAAAGAACAAUUCUAAAAGUGGAGCCAGUCGUUCCUAUAUGUUCCACUUUUUGAAUCUUUCACCACAUUUGCACUCUUCUAGUUUUUAAUCCAGAGAAAAUACAAGCAUGACAUAAGAAUCCUCAAUAAAGUAAUUGAGCAUUUGUAGUGUAUAAGACAAGUGCAGUAUGUGUAAUGCCGCUUAUUAGAAAAUGUAUUAAAGAAAAGGAGUAGCAGCAUUGUAAGCAUGUUAUGCUUUAAUUUAACAUGAUCUUGUACGAACACUCACAUAAGUUCAAAUUUGUAGGUAAGUUAUGUGAUCUAAGUUUUAUGCAAAAAUAGCCCUUGAACAAAAGAUACAGACUUUACCAGAUUGGCCACGGGAUGCUUUAAAAUGAUUCCAGGCAGGUAGCCUUCUAUAAAUUUUUAAUUUGUAUGUGUUAAUGGCAAUUUUAGAAUUUUGAAUCUGGCGACAAUUUGAAUAAUUAUGAAAGUUCUAUGUAUUUUGGUACAGUGCAGUACUUUCUAAAUACAUUAUUAGGUAUUGCACGUCUGAAUGAAGUCAAUAAAAACUUGGUGUUGGAAACAAAUUCCUGCUACAAAUAUGUAAAGCACAUAAUGCCAGGGAUUCCAUUCAAUCGUAAUCUUUUAUACAAAGCGUGGAGUGACCAUUACAACUGUGAGUUAUGAAAUGACUUGGUCCACAACAAAAAAAUGGUGUAAGGAAAAGAAUGGUCUAUACGCCAAAGUUGUUUUGGUGCUUCGAGUAUUCCUUUAAGCAUUCUGUACAUUUGACGCUUUACUACAUUUUUAAAUCUGAAUGUAUGUUUUUGCUAAUUUGUUUUCUGUCUGCCAACAAUAAGUGCCAUGAACUAAGAAGUGCUCAUUUGUGGAAUAUAGUUUUAUAAGUUUGCUGGCAAUAUCUGUUAUUAUAAUAUGGUUUUAUACAGAUACACUAAAAACAAAUCCUUCUAUAUUUUACAACUAGAAAGAGGAGCGAGUGAGGGGUCACAUUAGUAUUAUCACAGCUCGAUGUAAAUGGCUAAGGAAGAAGAUUACGCAAGCAAGAGAGAGGCAACGACAGGUUAGUACUAUGUCAAGGGGGUGUCGCUGUAUUGGCCAAAUCACUUGAUAACGUGCACUCUGGGUUAGGAUUUCUGUCUUGUUUUACAUAUCAUUCACUAUUUUGCACAAUACAUUUUUGGAGUCGCCUGCACCUCUCAAACCAAUUAUAUGGAAGUCCAGUAUUGCCUGCACCUCACAAACCAAUUUUAUGGACGUCCAAUAACCCAAAGUUUUAGGUGUUUCCCAGUUUUGUUCCAGUGGAGAUAUCCAUACAAUCUGGACAUGGUGUUAUUUGAGCAACGCACAAGGUGUAUUGACCUAGAAAUACUGUGCUGUCCAAAUUAUUUGAAGUCUUUAAAAGGGGAUUUUUUUUUUAAUAUAUUCAGAACAUGUUAGUGGUUGGAGUACAAUGAAUGUUUAGUUACAGCUUUUUUUAUAUUGGUUUGGCAAAAACCCAGAAUCGGCCUCUAUGCUUUCGCUGAGAUAACCUUCUGCAUUUUCCAUACAGAUUGUCUAAAUUUCAACACAAAUAAUAGGUUAUAAGCCCGAACUCCACUUGACACACAGUAGAAGUCUGUCAGUUUAAAUACCCAGGUGCUUAAACGGCUGAUUUGGACCAAUACCAGCGCAGAUCGUGGUAAAAAAAAAAAUUUUAAAAAAUUGCUGCGUUCUUUUAAAUGGAAGCUGACCUUGUAUGUAGUAGAUCUGUAGAAAAAUGCAUACAAUUGCUGAAAUGUUGAUGAUUAUUACACCUGUUUAUGCAUACCAUGUACACUGCCUGUCUAUAUAAUGUAUGGUUUUUUGUUUUUGUGAAUUUGAAGAAUCAACUUGGCAAUUGAUUGUUAAGGAUAAGUGAUCUUUGUUUUUUUGCCAUUAGGAAAUGAAGCCAGAUUCAGAUGAAGAAGUUCAAGGUCUGCAACCUAAACCUGAGAAUACAAGUAGCCAAAUAAAAGUGUCACAGCCCAUGUUGGAAGUGACAAUUCGUGAUGCUGAAGCACGACCAUUUGAGUUGCUCAUGCAAUUUUUGUACACUGACAAAAUAAAAUAUCCACGGAAGGGUGAGCUAGCAAUAUAGUGCUGUUUUUUGAGGGUUUUAUUUUUUUUGUGGGGGGUAGGGGGAAAGGAGGGAAGAAGAGGUAGGGUUGAGGAGGAUGGGGGGUUGUUGUAUAUUUUUUUUGGAAUUACCAUAAUUGAUUCCACAGAGAAAGUUGCAAAUGCUUACUCAACUAUAUUGACUUUUUAUAUGUAUUCAUGUGUGCAAACACUGUUAUAUCUCCAGAAUUUGUUUUGUUUUUGUGAAUUAGAUUUCUUUGUAAUUUUGCUUUAAUACUUAUUUAUUUUCCUGUCGCAGGUCAUGUUCAGGAUGUUCUUCUAAUCAUGGAUGUGUAUAAGUUAGCACUGCACUUUAAACUUUCCCGUCUGGAGCAACUGUGUGUUCAGUACAUAGAGGCCUCUGUUGACCUUCAGAAUGUCCUUAAUGUGUGUGAAAAUGCCAACAAACUGCAGCUGGACCAAUUAAAGGUAAAAUAAACCCAGAAUAUCUCAAGGCUCUUAACUUUCCAUAGCAUGAGAAAUCUCCAGCUGCUAUUAUUAAGGAGGCAGUGUUGUUGUUAAAUGAAACCCCUGCCAUCAGCGUGAAUUUUAAGAGAAUUUUAAUAGUUAAAGCUGAACCUCAUUAUUAUAUAGUAUUUUGCAUAUUUUAACAGACCGUAGAAGAAACUGAGUUUGAGCUAAACAAUUUAGGUGUUUCUUGCAUUCCUUGCACAUGCUUUCCAUAAAAUUGCCAACAUUUGGGUGAGGUGACUGUUUCGGCAACUCUUCCUGUUUUCCACUAAUGCGCAAACUUUAAUUUAUCCCAAUUGAUCCCAUAUGAUAUGCAAUUACAUACAAUGCCUUCACCAAUUUCCAAGUAAUGACAGCGGCAAUGUCUUCUGUGUUCCGUGUUUCUUUCUCUCAGGGCAGGUUCUAGGGGUUUUGGUGCAGAUCUUACUUACUAAUUUAGCACAGCAUUUAAAGGGACACUCAACACCUGUUUUAAUGCAUCAUGUAUUUAAUAUAUAAACAAGUAAAUAGUAAACAAAAAUAAAUACUGAAUUUUAAGUCACUCUAUUUGUUGUAAAUGACAUGAAUCCUCUCUCUCUGAGUUAUUCCCUAAAGUAAGAAUUCAAAGUGGAUUUCAAAUGUAAAGGGCACGCCCCAAACAACCUAUGCUCAUUAGAUUGGGCAUAUGAUUUUAUCUAUACAUUUUGCAAGCACUUUUGUUAGCAAAUGUUAUUUAAAAAUAGUUUUUUGGCAAGGAAUUGACUGCCAAGGGAAAGCAGAAAAGACCUCCCACAGGACGUCCCUCUGCUCUCCAUGCAUAGCAACCAGAGCACAUGGGCUGUGGUUGCUAUGGAAACUCCCUAGCCUGCACCUCUAGUGCUAGCUAGGGAGUAUAGGGAUGGAGUGACACAUUUUCAAUUGAACACACCAUGUAUUUUUUGUGGUAUAUGGUGUAUUCAAUGUAUAUGGUACAAACUCUACAAAAAAAAAGUUAUCUUUUAUUCCAGUUCAGCUUCUAUGGAGUUAGAUUUUAAAUUGAAUUCUCGACAAAUCUCACAUUAGUUAAAAACCCUCUUAUGAAUGUGGAUCUACUGAUUGGCUUAGAGCAGCAGCUUACCACUCUAGCUAAUCAACAUUGCCACUGCCCAGCAGCACUCCGCACUCACUGAAACUCAAUUUCAGAAUCCGCAUGCUGCUGUGGAAAAUGGAGAUGGAGUGCCAGAGGCAACCUUUGUGGUUAAACUGUUCAAGAACGGUUUAACCCCUUCAGGUAAGAAAGCACCCGGUUGCUUGCUCACGCCAUAACUUAAUUUUAAUGAGUUUGGUAUAGUGACCAGAGUUUUCCUUUAAUGCUUCUGAUCAGAUGCCUUCUGCAUUGUCAUGGGAUGAAAGUCAAGGCAAAAUCACAUUGUUUACUAAAAUGUCAAUAGAAAAACAGGAUGCAAAAUUCAGGCAGAUGUUGUCAUUUGGGACUAUAGCUAAGCUGGGGCGGUUUUCCAAAUUAGCUUGUUUUGGCAAAAUAUUUUAAUGAUAGUUUUCAAUAUACUUUAUUUUAAUGUUUGGUGAAUUCACUCCAUUAGUAUUUUAUGGUUACCGGUUUAAGGAGACUGUGAUGCCAAAGCAAAAGUUCACGCUUUCUGGCUGUGUGGCACUUCCAUUGCUUUUACUGGGGUGAUUUAAAAAAAAAAAAAAGUGCUUUAUUUUUUUAUUUAUUUACUUUUUAUAGCUCAAUCCACUGGUUAAAUAAAAACAUUAAUUGCAGCAAAGCAUAUAAGGAUCACUAGGGAAAAUACAAUAUAAAAUAUUUUAAAGUCAUUCCAUGUUAAACAUACAAAUACAGGUUACCUCACCAUUUUAGAAAUGGUUCUACUUAUCGUAGAUCAGUGAAUUUCAAAGGUCUAAAGUUGAGGGUUAAAAUCGGAGGUUCCUUUGUCAGAUUUCCACAGCCAUAUAGUUUGUGCGCUAUAUGAUCCAGCUAAACAGGAUUCUGGCAUACUUUAGUUACAUGUCAGAACUUCUAUGAUGAGGCUGGUCUGUGCAUCUUGAGUACAGAGUCAAACAUAAUGAUAUUCCAGCAGUAUAAACCUACACAUCCUGUUUAUUAACAUAAAAAUAAAAACAAACUGUUAAACUAGUCAGACAAUGUAUGGACAUUUUAAAUGCACCUACAUAAAGGGAAGAGGGGUGUGGCCUGCAGGACCAACCACAUACCUAAACACCUGUACAUAGUUUGCACAUUUGUUACUACGCUAAUAGGAAAUUUUCAUUUAUUUUUAUACCACUAGAAUCUAGUUACUGUUGUUGUGCAAGGAUGUUUGAUCCUAUCCAUACACUCUCGCCAUACUAUGCUCUAUUAGGUGUGUCUUUUUAAAUUAGUUUCUCUGCUUUUAGGAACACUGCUUAAAUUUUGUGGUAAAGGAGUCCCACUUCAAUCAAGUGAUAAUGAUGAAAGAAUUUGAGCAUUUGUCCUCUUCACUGAUUGUGGAGAUUGUUCGUAGAAAGCAGCAGCCCCCACUUCGGCUCCACUCUGAUCAACCAGUUGAUAUAGGUCAGUGUUAUUUUCAUACAAUUCUGAUUGAUAAAGUGACAUUGUUUUUAUACCACUGUUGAAGAAAGGCACUGUGUGAAAUAAACCAUGCAUUACACAACAACAUCAGAGUUACAGACUAUCGAGAAUCAGACAUUAAAGGGACACUCCACACACCUAAAGAACCUUUAGCAUGCUGAAGUGCUUUACGUGUGAAGAGUUGCAUUGGGAAGUCUGGACAGCCAUGGAAAGUCUGAGCUAAGAAAGAAAGGGAGGACUUGCAAAGGCUUUAGGCAGCUUUUGUAAGCUGUUUUGAGAAAUUCUACCAGUGGAAAGAAUUGCAUAAAUAAAUGCAGGCAUGUUUUCUUUGGGGUAUAUCUACUAAAGAGUGAGGGUUUGUUUUUGGGGGGAGGGGGCAAUGGAGAUAAUGCAGUAAGAUUAGGCUUAUGCAGUACAUGGGUAUAAAUACAACCCCAUCUCCCUUACCUCCACGGCUCUCUGAAAAUUCCUUGCAACAAAAAACCAUAAGGCAUGGCAAAAUAACACUGCAAUAAAUUUCCAUUAAUUAAAGGAACACUGUAAGCACCAUAACCACUAAAGGGUAUUCAAUAUUAUGGUGCUUGGUGUCUCUGUCAAACCAUUUGAUUAAAAAUAUGGUUACUCCUCUGCUGCCACCAAGGUAAUACAAGUUUUCUAGGUAUGUGUAUGCAAAAUCAUUGACCUCGGAUAGUAAACAAGCCCUUUAUGUUGCUGCUGCCUGUGAAUACCCAUAAUGAGUGAUAAAAUGUAGUAUUUUCUCAAUGUCAGGGACUACUUAACCCUUACUUGCAAAUAAUAGGUCAGAACAGAAAAAUAAAUGACAGGUUCAAAGCCAUGAGUGGUGAAGCUUAAUGGAAAUAUCCCAGAGGGGUGAAAACAUGUAGAAAUUUGACACGGGCAAAAUUGCCGAAAUGGUAACAGAGGUCGGAGCAACAGAAAAGCCCAAACUAAGGCAAGUUAGGACACAGGAGAGGAGGAACAACGGAUAAAUAAGCCAAAUCAAAACCGUGAACACCAUUAAUAUCAAGAACAUGUUAUCUGGUUAGCAGUGGACAAGACAUAGCAUCCUCCUAAUGGGCAGCAAGGUUUAAAGGUAAACUAUAGAGUUAGAAAUACAUAUCUGUCCCUAGUUAGUUUCAGGCCUCCCCAGUGAGUGUUUAAAAAAAAAAAAAAUAAUAAUUUUUUUUUCCCCCACCUUUACUCCAGUGCCAAGUGUCCCUCGGCAUGCCACAAUCUCCUCCUUGCUUGAUGUCUUCCUGGAGAAGUGUCCCUACGGGGAAACAAUGGAAAUAAUUUUGAUGAUCUCAGACAAGGAGGCUGGUGCGGGACAUAAAUAGGUUUAUUAAGACUACAGUGUUAGGAGUACAUGUUUCUAUUUGUAAUGCUAUUGUGUUCCCUUAAUUUAAUGGGUUACUCCAACCACCUUGACCACUUCAGUGAUUUGAAGUGGUCAUCAUGGUAGGAGUCUGUAUGUGCAGGGUUUUAUCUUCUCUAAACUACACAUCCAGAGUUAUAUUUAAUUGUGUUCUGGGGCUAGUUGCACCCCCAGUACACUUGACAUUGGCAGCCCAGAACUCUUUUUCGGAUUGCUAAUGUUAUUCUGUGCAUAUACUCCAUCUGUCGGAAGCGUGCUGUGUGAGCAGACAACAGAUGGAAAAUAUGCACAGAAUGACACUGGCAUUGGCAAACGUAAAAAGUUCUUCCACCUUACAGGUCAAGCACCUGCAUGGGAAAGCUAGAUUUCACCUCCCUUUCACCCUGGGACGCUCUGUUUUACCUCCCCUUGUCACUUAAAUGUUUUGUUUUUUACAUCCCUCCCCCUUCCAGCCCUGUAGAAGCCUGUAAUUGGACUCUGUGGGUGACAGAUUAUGUUGGGAGGGGGUGUGGAAGAGCAGGGAGAAAUACACCUAACAUUCGUGCCCAGUAGGGUUUUUUUGUAUUUAAAAAAAAAUUUACAAAAAUGUACGUUUGCGAAGGGUUGGAUUAACCCUUUAACCUUACUACAAGCUACCUCAUAUUCUGACAUUUUGAACUUUGUGUAUGUUACUUUUCAGGCACCUCUUUGGUCCAGGACAUGAAGGCAUAUUUGGAAGGAGCAGGGAGAGAUUUUUGUGACAUCACUUUGCUGCUAGAUGGACAUCCUAGACCUGCACAUAAAGCAAUCUUAGCUGCUCGAUCUAGGUAUCAGAUGUUAUUUUUAUAUUUGACACACACUAUAAAUUGCUUACAACAUACCUGCAUACCUGCUGAAUUCCAGUGCCUCAUUUACAGGACAGCUGUCUUCAGUUUCACUUAAGUUUUGGUUUGUUUUUUUUGUUUUUUUUCAUGCCUUCUUGACUCCAUAAUGGCAAUCAGAUUUCUCCUUGGAUCAACAACCUGUUUACAUACAUAUCAGUUAUAUCCUUGAAUAUUCUGUUCGUGCAAAAUGCAUCCAAGCCUUUUUUAUCGAAUGUGAUAUAAUAACCCUGUUUAGGCUGAGAAUUUCACAUCUUUAUUGUUCCUACUGUAAAGAAUCCUUUCUUUUGUAAGCGAAAACACCUUUUUUUUUCCAGUCUCAAUAGGUGAUCUCGUGUCUGUUGUAUAUUUCUGCUAAUGAACAGCUUAGUACAUAGUGGUUUCUACUGACCCUGUGUAUAUUUGUAUAGUGAUAUCAUCUCCUCUGAAGCACUUUGUUUUUAAAGAAAACAAAUCCAGUUUUUCUAGCCUUUCCUUAUAACUCCAUUCCUAUUACUAGUUUUGUAACUUUUUCUAGUUCUGGUGCCCAUGCUACUACUACUCAAGCGACAUGUCUACUCAGCCGUACAUACACCACACUAACCCACUUAGUUAAGUGGCAACCACAGAUAUUACUCUCGCCUUCAGUAAGCUUGAUUUAAAGGGACACUGUAGUCACUAUAACCACUUUGUCUCUUUGAAUUGGUUAUAGUGCCUGGAGUUCCCUGGCACUGUCCCUCCAUUCAGUGUUGCACCAUGUUUGUGCAGUAUGCCACAAAAUAAGAGUCCCUGGCCACCCACAGUCCGGCCCCUUCUGUAUGUGUAGCUAAGGCAGAGAUUACAUACUUCCUUGUUGUCAUACCCACUCAUUCCGUCAGUUGGAGCUCUGACAGGUUAAAAGCAGUCAGCUGACACUCUCAGCCAAUCACAGCUGCCCAUUGCUGCUCAGGGUAAUACUUCCUUAUUAGCCAAAGCAGCACAGAGGGGAUGGACUGCCGUGGUCUCUUGUUUAGCAUUAAAACAUUACAACAUUAAAAACUGUUUAAUGCUGAAAGAAAUGAUGGCACCAAGGGACUCCAUACACUAUAACCAGUUUAAUGAGAUGAAGCAGAUACAGUGCCUACGGUGUCCCUUUAACUAAUCAGAUAUGUGUAUCGAGCCUGUUAUUUAUUUUUAUAAAAUUGUGCAAUUCCUAUCUGUGCCGUGUACCAUCAUGAAAGCGACUGAACCACCUGUAAAUGCUGUAGUGGUGCUCCGCAUACAUAUAUAUUUGUACCUACAAAAAAAAAAUAGUGCCCAUAAUUGCACAUUCAAAGUGGGGUCUUACCAUUGGUUUGUAAAGACGCAAAAUUAUAUUUGGAUCACGUGAAUCAAAACCCCCUUUUCUACUCGAAAUCACCUUACUGUUUUUUUUCAAUGGCAGACCAGCAUUGCAUGCUGUUGCCUAGUUUGUGAUGUAUUAUUGUUCCUAAAUAGUUUUCAAUUCAUGUUAUCCCUAACUCUACACCAUUUAAUGUAUAAGUGGCUUGUGGGUUCCUUAUUCCAUAGUGCAUGACUUUUUUUAUUUGUAUUGAAUUUCAUCUGCCACUUGCCUGUCUAGUCCCCCAAUUUAUCCAAAUCCCUCUGUAGAGAAGCUAUAUCAUGUUCAGACUGUAUCAUUUUUUUUUACCUAGUGUUGUGUUAUCUGCAAACGCUGACAAAUGAAUUUCAAUGUCCAGUUCAAGAUCAUUUAUUAAUGGAUUAGAGAGAAGUUGACCCAGGACACAGCCCUGAGCCACUCCACUUGUCACUUUUUCAUUUACAACUAUUGUCUGCGCUCUAUCUUUAAGCCAGUGUUCAAGAACAUGAUUUUUCAUCUGAACCAACUGAUUUCAGUUUUACUACUGGAACUUUUGUAUGGAACUAUCAAAUGCCUUGACAAAAUCUAAGUAGAUCACAUCUACUGGAUCACUUUGAUCUAGAUGUCUACUAAUCUUUUCAAGGCUACCAACUCCAUUGAUCUAGAUGUCUACUAAUCUUUUCAUAGAAUGCAAUUAAGUUAGUUUGGUAUGACCUGUCUUGAAUAUAACCCCUUAACAGCCCUUCAAAUAAUUUUCCAACCACAGAUGUUAAGCUGACGGGUCUGUAGUUUCUGAGUUGAGCUUUUGAACCCUCCUAAAUAUGUAGUCGCCACAUCUGCUUUUCUCUAAUCCUCUCGUACAAGUCCUGAAAGAAAAGAAUCCUGAAAAAUUUAUAUCAGUGGUAUGGAUAUUUCUACACUAAGCUCCCUAAACACAUGUGAAUGAAUAACAUCUGGCCCUGCGGUUUGUUUACAUUAACUUUUAUUUGAUUUCUGAAGGACUUUAUCGUGAUGUAACCAAUCACCUGUUUGCUGUAAGGCUUUUUGAAUAGGAAUUUGCAAAUAUACAGCCAUAGAUUCUUCUCCCCUAUAUACUGAAGAAAAAUAAUAAUUUAGAAUUCCUGCCUUGUCCUGAUCAUCCUUCAUUAAUUAACCCAUCUCACUUUUCAUUGGACUAAAAUUUCACUCUUAACCUUUUUGGCAUUAUGGUACUUUUCUAAAAACAAAACUUUUUGGGAUUGGUCUUGCUGUCUUUGGCUGUGAGUUUUUCAUUUUCCAAGCUUAGCAAAUCUAAUCACUCUUUUUGAAGCCCUUUUGGCAUGCUUAUAUGUGUUAUAAGAUGCAAUCAACUCCUCUGAUUUAAAUGGUUUAAAUGCCCCUUUAUAUUUCUUUGAUCAUUUGUCUGACCCUUAUACUAAGCCAUAUUGUAUUUAAAAUUUAAUAAACUAUCACUUUUAUUAUUAUUGAAUAGUAGCUGCCAAGACUAUACAGUAUGUACAAUUUGAAUAUAUAAAACAACCUUAGAUUGCAAUUGAGAUGCCUACCCCUUGUGCAUGACAUCUGGUUCUGUUUCUGGUUUUCCUUCUCUUAUUUUUCCUAAUUUGUCAAUUAUAUUCAAAUUGUACACAUUUUUUAUUUCAACCUUUUUAAGUUAGGAGUGUGAGUAAGGACUUUCCAAAUAGCUCAAUAACAAUCAAUAGAUCAACACAAAUUAUGUUCUUUUAAAAACUUGCUUCCCUAUGCUACAAUUAUAUAAUGCAUGUGUUAAAAUUGCAGAUAAAGGGUAAUGAGUUUAUUUUUAUUUUUUGGGUUAGAGGUUUUUCCAGAGCAGAGCAGUCCCAAUAUUUUGUUUCUCCAAAGCAUGCAAACUAUUGUCCUGUGUGACAAGUAUAGAUGGGGCACUAGGAGUUGUCACUGCCAUGCAGAGUGGAACUGAAUGUUCUUAAUUAAUUCGUUUUUCCCUAUACAGAUCAGAAUCUUCAAUGACAGUAAUAAGUGCUGAAAUGUCUGCAGGGCUUUUUUAGUGAAUAAAAAGCGAUCUUGGCUUUACAUUAAUAAAACAAUCAAAUGCCUGAAUAGUAAUUGAAUACUCUGUAUUUUCCACUCUAUUAAUGCAAUUUGUCUAUGCAUAUAUCCACAGCUAUUUUGAGGCCAUGUUUCGCUCCUUCAUGCCUGAGGAUGGACAAGUGAAUAUCUCAAUUGGAGAAAUGGUGCCUAGUAAACAGGCAUUUGAGUCUCUUCUGCGGUAUAUUUAUUACGGAGAGGUGAACAUGCCUCCUGAAGAUUCCCUGUAUCCUUUUCUAGUAAUCCCAGCAUGAAAGGAAAUAUACAGAGGUAUAUUUAAUUGAUAGGUGCACGUGCAGUGCAUAACCCUUACUUUGUCUGUAGUCAGCAGUGCUUCGUGUUUCUAAUCAGUUAUCCUGGAUGUUUGUCUACAAGCCCAUCCUUUAUAGCCCUUGUUACUUACCUUCUCGAUGGUGUACAGCGUGUGCCAGUAGUAGAUCAUACAUGGUAUAGAUAUCCCAGCAGUUUGCAAUCCAUGCUGGUGUGGGUAGUGAUUUGCCAGAGGGAUAAAUCAGACUUUUUGCUAAAUGCAUUGUUUAGAAUAUAUGUUGUAAUUUUAUACCUUUUGUUUUUUUUCCCUAAGCUACAAACAUAAACGUGUGAUGUUUGUAGCUUAGACGAAGCCUGUAGUAACUUUAGUGUUUAUUUGGGAAAAAGAAAAGUAGCAUUUUCUAUUUUAACAUCAGGUUUUUGCAUAUUUCAUUUUGUUAUAGUUUGUACUUUUUUGACAUGCUAUUAGUGAGGUUGGGAGUCAAUCAAUAGACUGAAUGUUUUCAAUGUGUGUCUCAUGCAAUUUAGAUUGCUAUAGCGUGCACCAGCCAAAAACAGAGCAACCGGAUGCAUCAAAUAGCACUAUAACGUGUUUGUUGUUGUUUUUUAAAGGGUUACUUUUAUGUACCAUAACUUCCACAGCUUAUUUUAGUUGUUAUAGUGUUUAAAGCUAUCCUUGAAAUGACACUAAAGUCAACCGGCCCACUUAAUCUCAAUUUAGUCUGAGUGCAGUGGUCCUGUCUAUUUUAACUCUGCAUUGUAAAACAUUGCAGGAUUAAAUCCACCUCUUUUGGCUGUCUUCUGCUUUACUGACCGUGUAAAAAAGUCCCAUGAUUCAGAAGCUCAUAGGAAAGCAAGAGGCUCAUUCGCAUAAGGUCUCCAAUGCUGCUUUAUGAGGAGCAUUGAAUUGAACCAGUGAUGGAGGAGGCCAUACCUCCUCGAUGACAUUGCAGGGAAAAGUUGAGUUAAACCUUUAUUUUAUUUAUUUUUCUGGAAAGGAAGGUACACUAUACAUAACUAGGGAGAGGGGCAUUAUAGUAUUAGCAUUACGGUUUUAUAUUCCUAACGUUAUAGUGUUCCUUAUUAUCCUUUCCAUUUUCGUGAUAUUUUCCAGUUCAUCUCCAUCCUCCUACUUUUUGGGGUCAGAUAGGGAAAUCUAGUUUCCACAUUGAGCAAGCUCGUGCUGUUAGUCUCUAUGGAACUGCCACUUGCCGAAUAUUUAUACAGGCACACAAUACUGUUCCUUACCUUUCUUACUGCACAACUCCUGCAAGUGAAAGAAAUCCAAUCAAUGGAGAAACUUUCUCAUAUAAUAUUUGUGUGAAGGAGGUGGAGGCUCUGAUGCUCCCUAGUGGUAUAGUGAGCUGAGCCGCAGAAGCCAGAGGCCACGGCGGUCGCCAUUCAUUGACUGAGGGCAUCAGCUGACUGCUCUCAGCCAAUGACUUGACAUUCCCCACAGAUUGAGAAGAAGGCUGUCAAAAUGGAGAGAAAUUAAGUGGUAAGUUUUCAGAGACGGUUUUGUAGCACCACAACCAAUUCAGAAAUUGUCCCACUUUCAUUGUUUGGUGUGUCCUAAUGGAUGAUCGCUAAAAAUAUAUGUAAAUUAAAGAAUUAAAAUAAUUUGUGCAUGUUAAUAAUUCUCCCAGCUUUUCUACAUUGGGUUUGUGGAGGGGCAGUUAUGAAGAACUCCUUUGCCAUAUUUACUGAAGUAUUUAUAGUGCUUGAAGUAACUCCCUUUAAAGAAAGUCAAAAGUUUGAUUUCUUUGUUCUACUUUCACAUUUCUUUUCCUACCUCUUCCCAUCUAUAGUUCACUCACAUUCUUCCUUGCUCCUAUUAUAAAGUUUAAGGUUAUCUGUUCCUUAACCGUACUCCUAGCUAUUUAUUUUCUGCACCGUAUUAUUAUGGCUUUUUCAGUAACAGGCUUCAGGCGUAUUGCAGGCAAAACCUGGAGAUGAAUGUGACCGUGGAAAAUGUACUUCAGGUAUGUAACUUAUUCACGUAAACGUUCCUGGGGAAUGACAUAACAAAGAGAAUUCUUAUGAAGGAAGUGCAUUUAUAGUAAUAUUGUAAAGCGCUACAGAAUCUGUUGGCGCUAUAUAAAUGACGAUAAUAAUAAUAGUAUGCCGUUGUCAUAUGUUCAAUGACUAGCAGCUAUAUGGUAUAGGCUACUGCCCACGGAGAUCUUACUGGAUGGAAAAAGCCUUAAAAUCAGAUAAUUAGCACUAUGGUAGAUUCCAAAAUCGGUGGCAUUGUGUGUGGUAAGAUAUGUCUAGGUAAAUUGGGUGUGUAAGUUUUCACGUUUGUAAAAUACACCCAGAGAACGCAUUUGAAGCAUAUCAAAGAAAAUAAACUGGGAUGUAGCCCAUCCCAUAUAGCGCCAAAAGUAUAUAACUAUACCUUCUCUGUAUGUUUUUUUUUUUUUUCUGUAGAUAUUAGAAGCAGCAGACAAGACCCAAGCUCUGGACAUGAAGAAACACUGUCUUCACAUCAUAGUCCAUCAGUUCACCAAGGUUGGUGGCAUCUUUUCUGGGGCUUUGGGAAUCUGUUGCCCUUCUGUCUUCAGUGCUGGGGCAAUGUCAAUAGAUGUUCUUAAAGAAACACUGCUAACACUAUGCUCUAUGCAUCUCUGACUGCGCUCUUACCUGUGUAUUAAAUGAAUGGAUGUGUUGUGUGCAUGUUGCAUCAGUGCUAAGGAGUAUGUUUGUGCCUUACGUAAUGUGUGACUGAUUGCAAAUGUCACCAUGCAAAAAUGCUGUGGAAAAAAUUACCACGUUUUUGUUUUGUGGGGUGCUACACUUGAAGGGCUAAUAAUGUAUUUAUAACGCUCAUAUGCAGUAUUUGCCACACAUGGUGGGCAUUUUCUUGUACCAGAGGUGCCAUGCAUAGAUACACCCUUUCCUUGUGUGUUUUCUGCUGCCUUGCCUUUUCUGCACACUGUACAUAGUUCUGCAAAUCUAUGUUGGUUUCUCAGUAUAGAUAAGUCAAGAGGAAAGAGGAUGUUUGUGCCUUUGGAUAUCUUUUUAAAAUCAUAACACAAUCAUAAUAGUGUCUGCUUAGCACACUUCAGACCACUAAAGUAAUACUGUGCCCUCUUUUUUUUAACUGUUUAAAAAACUGCAGAUUUCAAUAGAAUAUUUUAUAAAUUAACUUUGUUACAGCUCCCUGGCUGUCAAUCAGACAACCGAUCCUGUUAUGAACUGGUUUGGUUAGCUCAGUGGAGCUAAUCUCACAAAGAAGAAAUGGCCUGGAGCACCUGCCCAUUGAACUGCAUUGGGAAGUCUAUCAUUAGACAGCCCCAGAAAGUCUGGGUGGGGUUAGAAGAGAAGAGGUUUGCAUAGGCUUCAGACAAGAGACCUGCAGCUUUUGCAAGCUGUUUUUAAGAUCCGGCCCCAAUAAAAAAUACAAAAAAAUGCAUACUUGUUUUCAUUUGGUUAUAUCUACGAAAUAGUCAGUGUGAUUUUUAUUUUUUCAUUUUUUUUAUUUUUAUUUGGGCAGUGGAGUGUCUCUUUAAUAUUUGGAUUGUCCACCUUGCAAGAAAACUGCUUGUGUUUUGAUUAUUUGUCAGUGGCCUCAUUAAAGGGGAGGCCUUUGUAGGACAGAGGGACCUUGAAGGGCCAAAACAUCUUUAGCUGAAUGAAGCAGUUUUGGUGUAUAGAUCAUGUAUCUGAAGUCUCACUUCUCAAUUUACUGUCAUUUAGAAGUUAACUAACUUUGGUUUCUGUUUAUGCAGCCCUAGCCACACCUUCUCUGGCUGUGACUAACACUAAUUUUCAAUCAGUUGUAAAUUAUUUUAAAAGUAUUUAUCUCCUGCUCUGUAAAUUAAACUGUAAUCACAAUCAGGAGGUCCCUGCAGGGUCUAGCAACUACUAACAGAGCAGGAGAUAAGACAUUCUAAAUUAAACAGAAUUUGCAAUAAAGUGUAAACAUGAGAACUCUUUACAGGAAGUGUUUAGGAAGGCUGUGCAAGUCACAUGCAGGGAGGUGUGACUAGGGCUGCAGAAACAAAGUGAUUUAACUCCUAAAUGGCAGAGAAUUGAGUAAUGUGACUAGAGGGGGAUGAUCUGUAGACCAAAACUGCUUCAUUACGCUAAAGUUGUUUUGUUGACUAUUGUCUCUUUAACUUGCAUAGUAAAGCAAAUAGUCUUACAUUAUAUAUUUUAAUGACUGUACCUUCUCCAUAUUUAGGACAAUCUUUUGUACUUAAGUAGUGAAUAUCAACUUUAUUAUUGGUAUGUGAUGUCAUGAAUCAUUUACUUCUACCAUCCUGGUAUUCUUGCUUCUUCAUACAGCUUAACCCUUUGACCACUUUUGACAUAUAAAACUGUUCCAGUCCAUCACAACCUCUCUUCCAAGAUGAAGUGUCCUUAAGAAAAGAAUGUCCCAAAACAAAAUCUGUGCUUGAAAGUCAGUGUUCUCUAUGUAUAUCACCCAUCUGUUUAUUGUCUGUCUGUGUACUAAUACUUUAACUAUUUGGACCAAUAAAGCCAUUGUGUGUUAUCUUUCUGUUCUCUCUGUCUAUUAAGAACUUAUUUAAAACGCCUUGACUGCUUCUUUAACUAACUACAUAAUUUUGGUGAGAAAAGGUUAGUGAACCCUGCACAAUUAUCUCUAAUAUUUGGAACUAAAAUGUGGUGUAAUAUUCCCCUAAUCCAUAUUCACAGCUAAAUAGAAAUGUAUUGAACAAAAGGUGGUGGGAGUAUGUGUUUAAAUGCCUUCAUCCAACUUUUACUGCUUCUGAUGGAAUUUGUCCCCCGAUAAUUUGUUUUAAACUGUUUAUUGGGGGCACAUGAUUUGUCAGCAGUUACUUUGACCGCUGACUUCAUGUAGCAGUUGAUUAAUAUUAUAUAAAAGCCUACAUGUAGUUUGGAUCCUCAUUGAUUUCAUCACAUGCUGCUACUCUUGUUCAGCAUUUUACUUAUGGUUUACCCAUGAACAUUCACUGAUGUUCACUCAAGAGGUAGUUACAAAUCCAUAGUCACCAGCCUAGUGUUUGUAUUGUAUACUGUCCUCUUAGAUCAAGCAUGUCAAACGCAAAGGCUAGCACGGGCCAAAUAAACAAGGUUUUUAAGUUUUUUGUGGGCUGCAAAAAAAUAACCAAAUACUUUAAAUUUUCUUAGAAACAUAGGCUUAUUUUGAAAAGUAUAUUGUAAACAAAAAAACGCAAUCCCUCUACUAAAUCCCAGUCCAUCCCCUCUACUAAACCCUUGCUCCUGUUUAAAAAAAAAAAAAAAAUAUUAGACAAUAAGCAGACUCCACUCACAUUGCCGCUGCCAGUAUGCGACUACGGAGCCUGGCCUCUGGUAUACCCCCAAUGGUGCUGUCUGCACCCUGUGCCAAAGCAGAUCCUCCCGCUACUCAUUGAAACUCUGUGAAGGUGGAGCACGUCAACGUCAUGUCGGAAUGUGACAUUGCAUUGUGUGCCUCUGUGCACCACCAGGUCCUCCUCUAUCUAGCCGCAGCCAUCGCAACGCUGGCCGACGCACACUCGCUGGCCGACGCACACUCGCUGGCCGACGCACACUCACACGCACACUCACUCACUCACUGACUCACGCACGCACGCACACACACUCACUCACUCACUCACUCACUGACUGACAGAGGUUAAUACUGUUUAAAAUGGGGAGCCGUGAGUAGAAAAACAUUAAAGAAGUACAUCUAAAUAUAAUAUAGUUAUUUUUAACUUUAGAGUGUUCUUCUCACACCUUUUAGCCAUGUCAGGAUUAACAAUUCUUAUUUUCUGAGGUUCUCUUAAAUCUAAUUUUGGCUUUCAUAUGGCAAAUUUGUAAAAUCAGCCAUGUCUGGAUCAAAUUCCAGUAGUGUAUGAUUUAUAGUGAAGCCGCCUUUGGACUUGUAUCUAAAUGGUUGGCAUAUCUGACUUAAACGAUCUAUUCUGAGAUAAAUAAUUUUUAGGGUCAAAUGCUUUUUUUCAGCAAAUGUUGAUUAUUGAAAUAAUGUUUUAAAGUAAAUGUUUCCCUGUUUAAGUCCUUCACACUGCUUGAUGUGGCAACUGUUAAUAAAUCAAAGGUUCACAUAAAACAAUGUAUGUAUGUGAACAUUGUGACAUUUCAGCCAACUUGUAAACUUUAUCAACCUUGAUAAACAUGGUCAAACCACCCCUGCUCCUGACUGUGCCCUGGCAUCACCUACCUUGUGGGCCCUGCUUGGGAACACUACGCUCCUCAUGAUGCUGACAACAGGACAUCAUUGCCAGCCCACUAGCAUCAAAAUGGAAUGACACUCUGUUCCUAUAUUAAUCAGCGAAGGGCACAACUAGCUGGGCAGAGGAAUAGGAACCACACCACAUGCACUGUAGUUGCUGUGAAGAAGAGCAGGAAAACUCCCUGUUGUAGAACAUUAGUAAUUAGCAGUAACAUAAUUCCCUGCAUCGAUGCUGUGCAUUGGGUUAGAAGUCUAUGCUAAAGAAUUGACAGGUGUGGGGGAGGACCAUAGCAUUACCUAUCUGUUAUGGCCUUGUAAUUUAAGGACAGCAGAACCCUGUACAACUGUUAAUAUUUCAUACCACUUUGGCGUUGGGUCCUUGUAAACCAGAUUGCAAUGAUAUCCUAGAAAUCCAUUAGUUGUUAACAAGUCUGUUACAAUAAGAUAAUAAAAACCCUACAGCUACUGUAGAGCGAGAUGAGACUUUACUUUGUGUGUGCUGUUUUCUGUCUUAUGAGAAUGACAAAGGGUUGUAUCGUCCUCUACCUAUGGCAUUCCAUGCACAAUGCAGGCUCUAUCCGCACUUGCUGUUUCAAUUCGUAUAGUUAAGUGCCCCUUGCUGUUGCAUUUCAAGGGGUAAUUGGCCUACUAAAAAAAAUAAUUUCUUCCUUAACGUUGUAAGUUUUUUAGAUAUAACCAGGAAAAAAACACAUUUUAACCGUAUUGUUCAAUAUAACACAAAUUUUAGUGAAUGGAAAAGCUGAUGCUAAAACAGCUAUAGCUGGACUGGAGAAUUUGACCAAAUCUGCUAUUUUAGUGCUGAUUUUGAUGUUCGAAUUCACUCAUAUUUGGUGUUCAUUGAGUAACCCUGAAAGUGUGCUAUACAGUGUGUGAAUGAAACCUGCAUGCAAACUGUGUGUCCUCUUCCACAGCUAUCUCCACUUGCUACACUUAUUCUCAUGAUAACUCCUUCCUAUGGCAGAAAUGUCACUAUUAAUAUUAACCAUGAAUAGGAAACUAAGAACACACAUAAAUCAGCGUAUUACAGAUAAGUAAUCAGUGAAUGAAUUAAUAGGGUAUUACUCCCAAUAUCUAACUCACAGCUGUUCAAAUCUAAACAUUUCUUUUUUGUAUUAAUUCUUCAUAAAUCCUCAUCAAGCACAUUUAGUUACUCAAUGGCUCCUUUAAAGUGGCUCUGUCACCUGAAACCUACAUUUCUCAAAUUGCUUAUUUAGUUUCCUCUUUCAGAAAAUGUUCUUCUUGUCUGAUCUAUUUCUCUUUAAAACAUCCGACAAAAUAGGGUCUACUCUGUCUUAUAUAGUUAUCUAUAGUCAAGAUAGUGAAGCUUGCCUUAAGCUCCACCCUUUGUCAAGUGUAAGAAAAAUAAGGAAAUGUAGCCCCUACUUUGUCCUAUAUUUUAAAGAAAACCUAGAUCAGACAUGAAGAAAAGAACAGAUUCUGAAAGAGGUAAUAAUAGGAGAAAGGCAAGUUUGAAGUGACCGUUUUUUGUUUCUUUUAUAUCCCUUACUUAGCAUAAAUGUGUGUAAAUUAAGUAAUUCUUCACAGAUAAUAGACUGCAUAGCAUUUUACAUUUCUAUUCAUAUUCACAAGUUUUGUCUAAGAAUCAGCAUUUCUCUCCUCUGUAAUAAAGGCAUCUGUCCGUCCUCAUCAUGUCCUCCUUUCCUUCCUCAUAUGAAGGUUGCCAAGCUGCCAAACCUACGGUUACUGAGUCAGCCCCUGCUCAUCAACAUAAUCGAAUCCCUGGCAAGUCACAUCUCUGACAAGCAGUGCGCCGAACUCGGCUCUGACAUCUGAAGCUCUCCUUGGAAUCCUACCAUUGAUGGCAUGGAACUGUGCUGCUAAACUUAGAAUCAUUCCUCAACUGGGUCUUCUUUUUAAUGUAACAUUGAGGACUAAGCUACAUUCACUUAGAUUAAGUGGGUCUGUCGUCAUUGGAUUUUGCACAUUAAUAACAGAGCCAAAAUGUUAAUAUAGGAAAUACAUUGUGUAGUUUUAUCUUGGCAAGAGCAUACUGAAAGUCACCAUCUUAUCUCAUGUUCUUGUCAACCCCGGAGAGCCACAUUUGCCCAUUGGUUAUUGUGUGUGUGUUCCAGUUUGGGGGGCAUGUUAGGAUUUACUGCCAGAACCAGUACAGGUAACAAACUAUUGUUGAAUAGUGCCAUAUGCACCUGAUGUAUGUUGUCAAUCAAGACAAAAUGAAGUUGACGCUAAAGAUAAGGGCUUCCACCCAAAGAAGCAAGUGGUUAAUUUAGUGGCCCAUUGAUGCAUAUUUAAGUCACUAGUUUGCCUGGAUUAUAACUUUAUGUUGAUGUAUAUAUUAAAGAAUGUUAUCUUCUAAAACCAACCAUGACAGAUCCGCUUAAGUUUAAAGGGUUAUACAGAAGGCAAUAUAAUGUGUAUAGUGAAAGCACAGGAUACAGAUUAAUAUACACUACCUGGAUGUGGCUUUUCAUUUUUUCUUACAGUGCAUAGGAUGCCAGAGGUUCACACCCUCUGCCCUAAAGCACAUUGCAGAUAGACAUUUAGUGUACCCAUGCAUGCAUAAACACAGGUAAGUAGCCCCUCUCCUAUACAUCACAGAAAAUCAGUACCAUUGCAGGUGUAUUCACUAAACAGUACAUUUUUAUGAAUUGCACAUGUAAAGAGAUAUUAUAAGCACCACCACUUUAGCUUAAUGAAGCAGUUAUGGUGUAUAGAUUAUUAUUAAAGUGCCAACAAAUUCUGCAGUGCUGUAGAUCAUGUCCUUGCACUCUCACUGGUCCGUUCUCUGCCAUUUAGGAGCGAAAUCACUUAUGUUUAUGCAGCUCUAGUCACAUCUCCCAGUAUGUGACUUACACAGCCUUCAUGAAUACUUCCUGUAAAGUGAGAUCUAAUAUUUACACUUGCUUUAUUGCACAUUCUGUUUAAUUUCGAAUUUCCCAUCUCCUGCUCUAAGUCUUCUAGACCCUGCAGAAGUCUCCUGUGUGUGAUUAAAGGGACAUUAUAGUCACCCAGACCACUUCAUCUCGUUGAAGUGGUCUGGAUGCAGUGUCCCUCUCCCCCUUAGUCCUGCAAAUUUUAAAAUUGCUGGGAUCGGGUAAGUAUUAAAAGGGUUUUUAACCCUUUCUGUGCUAGAGUGGGCCAAAGGAACUGUAGUGUAAUCAAUACAUAUUUGUAUUACUUACACAAUAGAAUCCCUUUCAAGUUAAGUUUACAGAGCAGUUAAAGUAAAUUACAUCUAAUUGAAAAUAAAACCGCUUUUUCAUGGAAGCUGUGUGAGUCACAUCCAGGAGAGGUGUGGCUAGAACUGCAGAAACAAAAGUGACUUAAAGCGGAUCUUUCACCAAACUUGCAAAGACCCUUGAUGGUGACAUCACCGCUGGGUGGCCAGGGGUGACAGGCAAAGGUGAGUUCUACUUACUCCAACCUGUACUUUGUGGGCACCGCCAUCUACUCAUGACGGUGCUCUUUAGAGGAGCCAACGUCACUGCUGAGCUCUUGAACAUGCUGCGGUAGCUCGGCCCAGUGUCUAGAAGUGUCAGAAGUAAGAAAUAGUCCCUACUUUGUCUCAGUAUCUCUCGAAUUGGUAGGUACUUCAGUAAACUUAAAACAGUCAGUAUGAUUUCAUGAAGAUUCGUUGUUUGUUCAUGGGGUUGAGGGUAACAGUGUCUCCUAAAUGGCAGAGAAUUGAGGGAGACUGCAGGGGCAUGAUCCGUACACUAAAAUUGCUUCAUUAACCUAAAGUUGUUUUGAUGCCUGUAGUAUCCCUUUAAGUUUCGAAAUGUAGGCCAAACUAGUCAAGUUAGGGUGGGGGGGUGGGGUGGAUCUUCUCGUUUCUCUAAUUCUGCAAUUGUGACCCACAUUUUGCAAUUCAAUUUUCAAUUUCACUGUUCAGGAAAUACAUUGUGGGAACAGUAAAUUGUAGUGAAUUGGAAACUAAAUUCCAGACCAGAACAAAUUUGUAAAAAGAAUUCUCCUGCUCAGGUAUAUUCAUAGCUUGGCUGUUUUAGUCUCUUCUUUGCAAUUUAGUUUUCAUUUCACUACAAUUUGCCAUUUGGUGAAUAGAUCCUUUAGUGUUGGCCUUGGGGUCUCUUAAUUUGUACACGUGUAUCUGACACAAUGGAAUGAAUAUUGGCAAUUAGCUUGUCCCUAUUUUCUGCUCCUUUUUAAUAUUUGAUUAAGGUGCUCAAUAUUUAUUACUGUAUUUUAAAAAUUAUUUAAGUAUUUAGGUUAUGCACUAAAAUGACAAUUAUAUAGAAUUACAAAUAUAGUACCAAAAUAGUAAAACUGGAAAAGACCAGCUUUUUUUUUUUUUUUCAGUCUACAGUAUUUUCCACAGUGCAGUUUAAUGGUGAGACCCCAUGAAGUGAAUGUUGGUGGAAGAUCCCAAAUAAUUUUCUGACAUGUUUAAAAGGAAUUGAUGUUUUAUGACAUAAGUAUUAAGUUAAAGGACAACUAUCCCCUCAACUAUUUCUUAAUAUAAUGACCCCUUCAUCAAGUUUUGAAAGAAAAUAUAUAAUUUUUAAGUAUAUGUUAAAACCUCAUCCCUAUCUUUAGUGUAUGACAGACUCCUUCAGCUAUAUACACACCUUGAGUCAAACAGUGUUUGAUAACCUAUAUAUAAUCGCUAUGGUUUUCCCUGCACAAUGCAUGGACAUAAACAGACUGACUAACUGUGAAUUGUAAACACUGUCAGACCCAAGGUGUGUGUAAUAUGGCUGAAGGGGAUCCUGUCCUGAAGGUAUAAGUUUUUUGGGUGGGGGGGGGUUCCCCCAUAAGCUUUAUUAAAAAAAUCAAUUUAAUCUUAGUACUAGAUGAAAGGCUUAUUAUAUUUUAAAAAGUUUUGAUGUGACGGUUAUCCUUGAACUGAUACUAUGUAUUUAUAGAAUUGUAUUCCUUAUGGAUAAUUUGUGUACUCAAGAUAAAUGUAAAGGGGUACCAAUCUCUAUGAAUUAUCAUCUACAUUUAAAUAUUUACUCUAAUUUAUAUUAAUCGCUGCAUAAGCCUUUUGUAGCUCUCUGCACAUAAUUUACUGGGGUAGGGGGGGAGUUUCACACUAGAUUUAAAUAGACCCUUUAGGCACCAUAACACUUCAAGUGCCUGUAUUCCCCUGGUGCCAUCCCACUGUUAAGUUAACAGUUGUUAAGGACCCCAGAUGGCUGCAGCUUCACCACCUGCAUGACUACUGCGGAGUGUAACUUUGCAUCAGCCAUACCAGUCAUAAGCAACUGUGCUGGGCUGAGAGUGCUUAGCAAGCUUUAGUAGUUAUGGUACAAGAGUGGUCCUUUAAAGGGGAAAUUUCACUUCUGUGGAAUUGAUAUAAUUGAAUACAAUCUUGAAACUCACGUGUAGCUUGUCUUAACCUUUUAUGAGAUGCUUAAGUUUUAUUUAUUAAAUAUUUAAUCAUUGUAAAGGAGGAGAAACAGAAAUAUUGUUUCAUUUCUCUACGUCUCUAUAUGCUUUCUCUGUGCAGCCUGUCCCGUGCAAAGGCCUUUUAACAAUGCUAAUAAUGCUUGACCGGCUAAGAUGUGGAUUUCUCCUUUAAGUUUUAUUCUUCACUUUUCACAAAUAAAUAUUUGUUAAAUAUAGGGAUAAAUAGAUGAAAAAUCCUGGGAAGUGCCAGUUACCCUUUAAACUGAUGGAAACCAGAUUAACACUGGAAUGGUGUCGGGGCACUGUGGGCACCAUAACCACUUCAGUGUGCUAAAGAAGUUAUGGUGCCUAGUUUCCAUUUAACGUAUUGGUGCCAUCAAAAUUAUUUUAUUUUUUAAUUUAAAAUAAAAAUAAAACUUUUUUGGUUUGUCUCCUUUUUGCCCAAUUUAAGUUUUUUGUUUUAUAUAAAGCGCUGGAUUGUGUAUGUUGUAUGUAUUGGUCCCAGCAGCACCCAAUAAUGUAUGCAUGUUCAGGUUAGUGCAGCCCUCUUGGUUAUAUAUAUUUCGAAGUUGUGUUUCAAAGCUGUUGUAUACAGCAAACACAGGCUCAAAGGAAUCCAUGUUUAAAAUGAAAUGAGGCAAACGUGAUUCUUUGUUGAACUAAUUUGCAUACCCCCACCCAGAAUCCUUUGCAUUAGUAACAUCACUGCAGAUUUGUGAUUUCUGUGGGGAAAGCAAAUAUUAUGGCUUGAUUGGUGUGCAGAUUUUUGUAAUAUAUAUAAUAUAUAUAUAUAUAUGUGUGUGUGUGUGUGUGUGUGUUAUCGCAAAUGUACAGCAAAUCUUUUCUGAGCAUUUAAAAACACAAAAAAUAUCAAAUUUUUGAUAGAAAUCCUGUAGGGGGGGGGGUUGAUGUUAGGUCUCUGGACAGAUUUCCCAUUAGUCAGAGUUAGCACCUUCCUGCUGGAGGAGCCAACGUUGCCUGUUUAAAGGCUUCUCCCUACCUCCUGCCUCAUGUCUGCUACUUGCUGACCAGAACAGAUGUUCUAGGACUCUGGAAUGCUGUAUGCAGUCAAAAGAGGCCUGAUCUACUUAUGUCCCCCCCACCCCCAGCCUGAACAUGGUGAUCUGUGCAUGACCCUGCCCCCUCAGUCUAAACACAGGAUCUCCUGGAGGAAGAUGGGGGAGGUCUGGGGCCAGAAUGGCCAUCUCAGAAACAACACACACACACACACACACACACACACACACACACACUCUUCCAUAACUCCCAAAAUACAGGCUCUUCAACUCGUGACAGGUAAUAGAAGUCUUGAAGGGGCAUUGCCAGUGAUGUGAGCCACAUCACUAGCAAUGCCCACAAAGGCACAAUCUUGCCUGAAAAAGUGUCAGGGCUUGAAACGGACAGGUUAGACCCCAGCCUUCAGGACCAAGCAAGGAGCGCUGCUGAAGUGCCUGGCUAGUGCCUGCUGCACAGCGCGUCUAAUAAUGUGCUUGCACUAUGAUUCCCUCAGUUGGGCAGCAUGAUAUAUAUAAAAAUAUAUAUAUUUAUUCUCUC